AACCAGCUAUGAGACAUUUGAUAGUAUCUUUGUCUUUUAGGAGACAGUUCUGCUGUCCCAAGCAUGGAGUCUUCAAGAUACAGUUCUGUCCCUAACAUGGAGACAACAAAAGACAGUUCUCUUCCCAACAUGGAUACAACAAGACACAGUUCUGUCCCAAGCAUGGAGCCAUCAAGAGACAGUUCUGUCCCUAACAUGGAGACAACAAGAGACAGUUCUGUCCCUAACAUGGAGACAACAAGAGACAGUUCUGUCCCUAACAUGGAGACAACAAAAGACAGUUCUGUCCUCAACCUGGAGACAACAAAAGACAGUUCUCUUCCCAACAUGGAUACAACAAGACACAGUUCUGUCCCAAGCAUGGAGCCAUCAAGAGACAGUUCUGUCCCUAACAUGGAGACAACAAGAGACAGUUCUGUCCCUAACAUGGAGACAACAAGAGACAGUUCUGUCCCUAACAUGGAGACAACAAAAGACAGUUCUGUCCUCAACCUGGAGACAACAAAAGACAGUUCUCUUCCCAACAUGGAUACAACAAGAGACAGUUCUGUCCCCAACAUGGAUACAACAAGAGACAGUUCUGUCCUCAACCUGGAGACAACAAAAGACAGUCCUGUCCCCAACAUGGAUACAGCAAGAGACAGUCCUGUCCCCAACAUGGAGACAACAGAAGUCAGCCUCAAUCAGCAGUGCUGCAGCUGUGACACCUCCUCUUCCAGGUGUUGGUGUGUGGACUGUGCUGAGGCUCUGUGUGACGACUGUGUGUCGGCUCAUCGUAGAGUCACAGUAACCAGAUCACACCGGAUCCUCAACCAGCCGCCAGGAAACGUCUCGACUCUUCCUACCAAGUUCUGCAGACUCCACCCGUCUGAGCCGCUCAAACUUUUCUGCCGAACAUGUUUCCAGUACACCUGUCGAGACUGUCAGCUGAUUGGUCACAUGAACCACAGGUACCUGUUCGUCAGUGAUGCUCUGAACCAUACCAAGAAGCAGCUGGUGACCUGGACUCAGCCAAUCAGAGCGCAGAGAGACACAGCGAGUCGGAGUCUGAAGGACAUGCAGACCAGGCUGCAGCAAAUCAAGGACGGAGAAUCUCAGCUGGACGCGGAGCUGAAGACAUCCUUCAACCUCUGUGCUCAGCUCCUGAAGAAUAGGAUGGACAACCUGAUGGAGGAGGUCAAGAGGGAGUUGAGGAGUGAGAGUGACUUGAUUCAGAAGCAGAUGGAGAAACUGAACCAGCUGCAGAAGAAACAGAUUCUGGUGACUGAGAGUUCAGAUCAAGCUCAGAACGUCCAGGACCUGCACAGCCUGUUCAGGUGCUGCUCUCAGGUGAAGUGUCAUCUGAAGGAUCUUCAGGACCAGGACCUGUCUCCUCCUGAGACCAUGCAGCUGCUGCAGGUCACCGUCGACCGCCAGUCGCUCGAUACGCUUUUAAACUUUGGUAAACUUGAAGUCGAGAAGAUUCCCUUCUCCAUCCCACAAACCUCCAAUCAGAAUCCUCCUCCCACCUCAACCUGUCCCACACCCUCCAGCAUGCCCCCAUCUCCCCAAACCACUAUCACCAGUGUCACUGUUCCCCCCAUUUCAGUCAGCGGUUCUUCUGUAUUGUUACAGUUGUUGUCCACUCAGUUGAGUCUUCUUCCCGCCUCCGGCCCAAACCUCAACCAGCCCCCCCCUCCUGUGACAACAAGCUGUGCAGUUACCUGCCCUAAGCAUGUCCCACCUCUGUCCUCCUCAACUCUAGAGUCAGGGUCUCCUCCGCAGAGAAACACAAAACUAAUGAUGAUGUUGAAUCCAGUUUCUUCUCUAGUCAGUCUGAAGCAUAUCACAUCCAGUUCUAUCCAGUCGACAGAUCAAUCUUCGUACCGCACAGUCCUCAAACCAUCUCUGGUUCUGAAACAAACAAGUGUUUCUGAUCAGAACCAGCCUUCCACCGCACUGCUGCACAAUCAUUUGGGCCUUGAAAGAAACUCUGCAUUGCUUCUGGGCAGAAAGUCGGUCCCAGCAGAGAGCUGUCAGGCCUCGCUCAGUCAGGGACACAAAGUGCUGCCAAAGCACCACAAUCUGACAGAUGGCAGCUCGGCACCUCCGGCCCAACUAACUCUCCUGUGUGACACAAACAGUAAAAGGUAUGAGGUACCUUUUACCUCCUCUGUGAAACACCGGCAGAUUCCAGUGGUGAAGGCAGUGGCCGACUCUGCCUGUGAUCACACAGAGCAACAGAUGUCAACAAGGCCGGAAGAGCCGCCUGAAAACAGACCAACCUCUACCGUGUCGGAAGAACCCAAACCUGCCCAGAGCAAACCCAGCUCCACCCUGUGUGAAGAACCCAAACCUGCCCAGAGCAAACCCACCUCCACCCUGUGUGAAGAACCCAAACCUGCCCAGAGCAAACCCACCUCCACCCUGUGUGAAGAACCCAAACCUGCCCAGAGCAAACCCACCUCCACCCUGUGUGAAGAGCCCAAACCUGCCCAGAGCAAACCCACCUCCACCCUGUGUGAAGAACCCAAACCUGCCCAGAGCAAACCCACCUCCACCCUGUGUGAAGAACCCAAACCUGCCCAGAGCAAACCCACCUCCACCCUGUGUGAAGAGCCCAAACCUGCCCAGAGCAAACCCACCUCCACCCUGUGUGAAGAGCCCAAACCGGCCCAGAGCAAACCCACCUCCACCCUGUGUGAAGAGCCCAAACCUGCCCAGAGCAAACCCAGCUCCACCCUGUGUGAAGAACCCAAACCUGCCCAGAGCAAACCCACCUCCACCCUGUGUGAAGAGCCCAAACCGGCCCAGAGCAAACCCACCUCCACCCUGUGUGAAGAGCCCAAACCGGCCCAGAGCAAACCCAGCUCCACCCUGUUUGAAGAGCCCAAACCUGCCCAGAGCAAACCCACCUCCACCCUGUGUGAAGAGCCCAAACCUGCCCAGAGCAAACCCAGCUCCACCCUGUGUGAAGAACCCAAACCUGCCCAGAGCAAACCCACCUCCACCCUGUGUGAAGAACCCAAACCUGCCCAGAGCAAACCCAUCUCCACCCUGUGUGAAGAACCCAAACCUGCCCAGAGCAAACCCACCUCCACCCUGUGUGAAGAACCCAAACCUGCCCAGAGCAAACCCAGCUCCACCCUGUGUGAAGAACCCAAACCUGCCCAGAGCAAACCCACCUCCACCCUGUGUGAAGAACCCAAACCUGCCCAGAGCAAACCCAUCUCCACCCUGUGUGAAGAACCCAAACCUGCCCAGAGCAAACCCACCUCCACCCUGUGUGAAGAACCCAAACCUGCCCAGAGCAAACCCAGCUCCACCCUGUGUGAAGAACCCAAACCUGCCCAGAGCAAACCCAGCUCCACCCUGUGUGAAGAACCCAAACCUGCCCAGAGCAAACCCAGCUCCACCCUGUGUGAAGAACCCAAACCUGCCCAGAGCAAACCCAGCUCCACCCUGUGUGAAGAACCCAAACCUGCCCAGAGCAAACCCAGCUCCACCCUGUGUGAAGAACCCAAACCUGCCCAGAGCAAACCCACCUCCACCCUGUGUGAAGAGCCCAAACCUGCCCAGAGCAAACCCACCUCCACCCUGUGUGAAGAACCCAAACCUGCCCAGAGCAAACCCACCUCCACCCUGUGUGAAGAACCCAAACUCGUGGAGGAGAAAUCGACUUUCAACAGACCAACCUUCAUCGUAUCGGAGGAAACAGAACCUGCAGAGAAGAGACCAAACUUUAACAAACCAACAUUCAUUGAUUCUGAACGAACAGACUCUACAGGGAAACGGCCUCAAACAACCGCUGAAGAUCUGAGCUCUGUGAUUGGACUGCAUGACUUCUGUCUGAGCAGAUGUCAGCCCAGAGUGUCACUGUUCAGACUGCCAUUGUCCCUGCUACCAACUCAACGUUCACUCCCUGGUGUUGUGGCCAGAGAUGCUGACGAUGAGGUUUCCCUGGAAGAGCUGGAUGAGGACUGUCAGUCCCACGUCAGUGACAUCUCGGAGGACUUUGGGGAUUUCACAGAACCUCUGUCGUCUCCUGAGUCUCCUGUGACACUAGAGAUAGUUUACUGCUCAGCAUGUGGAUCUGAUAACAGUUCAAUAAUCUGCUCAUCCUGCGGUCGCGGAUAUCACAGAGACUGUCAUAUUCCCCCUGUUGGACCUGACAUGUGGACAGAGUGGAACUGUUCACUAUGUCAGGACCUGUCGGACCCUUCAGACCCCUACAGAUCCAAGAGACCGAAGAGUCCCCAGGGUCCCUGUCUCAGUCUAAAGGACCAGAGGAGGUGUGAAAGUGUGCUGCUGCACCUGAAGGUCGAAGGCUGCAGUCGACUCUCUAAGGUGGGUUGUGUUUGGGUUGGUCUGAUGUUGAUGUCAGAGCGUCUCGCUCUCCAUCGUCCUCCUGCUUAUCAAACUCCUGUAGAAUUCGUCCGUGACGUCUGGAGUCUAUUCAGACAGAACACGUCCUCACAGGAUGACCUGAUGAAUCUACGUCAGAGUUUUCGGAACAAAUUAAUGGAAACCUUCAAUUCAGAGCUUCGUCCAGCAAACAGAAAGAAGUUGGAAUCAAACCAACGUCAUCCAGAGAGUGGCUCCACCAGUGAGUCACUGCUGAAGAAGACGAGGAAGAGGCUGAGGGAGUUUCUGGCCAUGAGGGGACACCCAGGACCCAAGAGGACGAAGACGGACAAGAUGGAUGUUUAACCCAGAAGAAGUCGACCUCUAAACAAGUGUUACUGGUGUUGAACCUAAAUAAAGGAACAAACUCAGAAAUUGUAGGAACUGAAGUUCAUCUGUGUUAAAACUGUUUCUUCUUCCUGCCAUUGAGCUGCAGACUCUGAGUGUUAAGAGUUAAUUGAUUCAUUAUUGAUUUCAUAUUGAGCGUUAUUGAUACUUUUGAUCUUUAGAGAUGGUUUCAUUGUGUUCGUUACUUCAGUCUGAGGGUUGUUGGACUGGCUCUAACAAAGAUGGUAAUUGAACAGAUGCACCACUUUAUAACCUGUAAUCUGUUAUAAUUCGAAUCUGUUAUGUGUGAAUGUGUUUUUAUAGAAAUGAUCAUAUGACUGUUCAAGCAGUUUUUUCACUGUGAUGCAACAAUCAAUCACCAAUAAUAAAUAUUUCAGUCAGUUGAUCUA